GUUUUCUUACUCCGUGCCAAAAAAUAACAACCUCAACAUAUUACGUAGAUUGUUCUCUGCGAGCUUAAAAGCAAAAAAACAAACAAACAGUGUCUUACCUUUUUCCGCCUCAAAAAUGGGCUGCGCUUCUUCCGCAUUCUCCUCCAAAUCCAAGAAGGAGGGCAAGACUGCCGCGGAGCGUAAGGCUGCGUGGGAAAGCAUCCGCCAGCGUCUGCCCCGCCAGAAGACCGCCGAAGAUAAGGAGCGCCGCAUUGAACUUUUCAAGAAGUUCGAUCAGAACGGUUCAGGCAAGUUGACAUUCGAAGAGACGUACAAGGGGUGCGUAUCUGUUCUGCAUCUGGAUGAGUUCACGACUCGUCUGCGUGAUAUCGUGAAGCGCGCCUUCAACAAGGCCAAGGACAUGGGAACGAAGGAGCGCAACUCAGGCAGCGAGCAGUUCGUGGAGUUCCUCGAGUUCCGUCUGAUGCUGUGCUACAUCUACGACUACUUUGAGCUAACCAUUAUGUUCGAUGAGAUCGACACUUCUGGUAACAUGCUGAUCGACGCGAAGGAGUUCAAGAAGGCUGCUCCGAAGAUCGCAGAGUGGGGUGUGAAGAUCAGCGACCCUGAUGCCGUGUUCAAGGAGAUCGACGACAAUGGCUCGGGUCAGAUCACGUUUGACGAAUUCGCCGCCUGGGCGAGUGCCCACAAGCUCGACGUCGAUGGCGAUCCGGACAACGCCGAAUAA